AUGAUUCUAAAAAUUGUACUUUUGUGUGGUGCCGUGGCGGCUGUACACGGUGGAGGUUUGAUCGCUCCGGCGUACAGCGCACCAUACAGUUAUGGCGCUUGGAACCCGUACAGCUCAUAUCCGGCUCAACCCGCCUUGGCCUCUCAACACUCGAACACGUCACCAUUCAACCUCGGACAGAUUUCAACAUAUAGUAAAUCAGUAGAUACACCUUUCUCGAGUGUGCGUAAGGCUGACAUUCGUGUGAGUAAUCCCGGUGUAGCAGUGGCUCCUGCUUACAGUAGCUUUGCGGCACCUUAUGUGUCCCACGUUGGAGUUGCGGCACCUGUUGCUAAAGUGGCUACGACAGGGGGUCUCCUAGGGGUAGCAUAUUCAGCAGCUCCAACUGUCUCCCAUAUGACAUAUACCAACGGGCUUGGCUUUGCAUACGGCUGGUAA